AUGGGCGCUCUCUCAAAACUAGCCUAUGCUCUGGGGCAGCCCGUAUUAACAGCGAGCUGCUAUGAAACAAUUCAUACGUGGAAUCCAAACUGUUAUGGUGCAGUAUGGGACGCCCUACCAACCGGAUUGUAUUUCUCUCUCAAAACUUAUGCAUCUUUCUAUCUGAUCACAAAUGUUGUUGCAAAACGCGGAAGACUAGAUAAAAUUAACUGGAAAAAAUUUGGAAUCGACGUAUGCCAAAGUUCACUUUUCCUGGUGACUAAUAUGUGCUUCUUCUUAAUUCUUUUAUGCAAAUUCAGACACUGGCUAGGGUUUUUCACUCCUGUGACAAUGGGGCUAUUUUCAAGCAUACUAGCUUCUGCAAUAGCGAUAAUGGUGGAGAAAAAGACAAGGAGGCCAGCUCUAGCUUUGUAUUUAACCAAUUUAGCUUCUGAAACAUGGUAUCGCCAUCUGGCCAAUCACGGAUACGCGAAAAUGUACAAAUAUGGAGAAUGUGUCCCUUUUGGAAUCGGACUAAUGCUUUUCACGUAUCUUCAAAGCCGCGGAAGACUUCCCAAAUCUUUUAACGGAUUCAUGAAUGCAGCUCUGAAGAUAAAUGUGUCGGAUAAUGUGAUAAACGAGAAGAAGAUUCCAGCCAAUUUCCGGUCUUUCUUGGAAAAGUUAAGAAACGAUUACGAGAAAACAGAACUAUGUCAGCAUCCUCAUUCAUGUGUCAGUCAUUCCACAGAGAGUUUUCUGAAAAACUUCUCUGUUGGGUUAACAGCCAGUUCUGCUUUGACAGUGAUGCGGAACUUCAGGACCAUUUUUAAGAAUCCAUUGAACUUAGUCAAUCUAUUAAUCUCAAAGCAGAAUAUGCAAUUGCCAUUGUUUGCAGGAUUUUUACCUUUCAUCUUCAACGUCUCCCGCUGCUCCUUGAACCGACUACCAGAAACUCCUCCCAUGUUAAACAAUAUAUUCUCUGCUGGAUUGGCAUCCAUAGCAAUGGCUUUCUACCCAACCGUCAGUAUUGCCAUGUAUUGUCUUUGGAAGGCCAUAGAGACGGUGUAUUUUGAUCUCAUGGAACGAGGAUACCUGCCAAAAAUAAAAAAUGCUGAAAUUGUUCUCUACGCUAUUACAACUGGUUACGUCCUUUGGAAUUGCAUCGUGGAGCCAAGAGCCAUCCGUAGAGGUUAUCUCAAUUUCCUGUCAGGAUUGGUUGGUGGGAAAAUUGGCUUGUUCAAUAGACAUCUUUACGACCAUUUUAAGUAUAUCUCCCGUGAUAUCUACACCAAGAUUCCUCUAUUUGAUGCGAAGCACGCUAUGAUCAAUCCUUUGCUCUACACACCGCUUGUGGAAUGA